AUGGCGCAGCAGCAGCAGGCUGACGCGCCGCCACUUGGUUUCUUCGAGCGGAUAUCCACCUGUGACGUGUCCUUAAGGAAGCGGCAGCAGCGCGACAACGCCGCCAUGGCCUCCUCCGACCCUGCGCUGCCGCCUCCGCUUCUUUUGCUGCCACCACCGGUGCCGGAGCAGGCGCUCGUCCCACCGCCGGCCAGAGCCAACCCGAGGCCCACAGUGUUGGACGGCGUCCUGAGUCUGCUCAGGUCCGGGGAGUCGUUCAUUCGCGGAGCCUUCCGGGGCAACUCCCGACGUGCGUCUCCUCCAUGGCCGCCGACGUCUCAGCAGCAGCAACAGCAGCCGCCGCAGCAGCAGCACCACCGCAACCACCCUGGUGAAAUCAUGAAGCGGCUGCAGCGCGAGACGUUCCCUGAUGUGAUGAGGCUCAUGGACAAGCACGAGCAGAUCGACCGCAUCCUUUCCAUGUACAGGAGCGGCAAGGGGUUCCACUUCCCGGAGCUCCCCGUCCGGGUGAAGGUCGCGCUUGACGCGGUCGGGGCGCUGCUCCUCGUCAACGACGAGGAGUUCGACCACGCCAGGGAGAUCCUCGGCAAGGCGGGGAACAGGACGGGCCUCAACUCCAGGUUCGUCCUCGAGUCCAAGACCAGGGGAAACGACACCAUUGCAGCAGAGUUCUGCACCAAGCUCGGGAUAGGGGCGACCCUCGGGGAAGAAGACACCGAGAGGAGGCCGCUGGAGCUGACCAGGCUGCAGUACUGCGCCCACGUCAACCACUGGCUGUCCAUGAUCCUAGUUCCCUUCGGAGCUCAAUGCAACGGCUUCCUGCACGGCACGAGCUUGAUCCAGCAGAAUCUCCGGAGCCAGGCCUCUCUCGACGGCCCGCCUUCGUUCUCGGAACAACACAACUGCGCCGCUGGUUUGAGUAUGAGGGGGUCCAACUUCACCGUGUUGCUCGCCGAGCUUGUCUUCGGUUCAGGAGCACAGGACGGCGAUCAUAUGGUGGCUAACCGCAUGACAACGUUUGGGCAGGUGCGCUACGAACCAGCCCAAGAUGUCAAGCUCAGCUUGUCGGGGCUAUGGCAGAUCCGCCCGUUGCUGUCCCGGUUCAACAACCUCGGGACACUUGCCAUUCCCUUUGGCAGCCUAAAACCACAAAGGGGCACUCCUCCUCCGGACAUUCUUCUUGCUCCCAUGGCGAGGAACGACCCUGCGGCACACGGACCGCAGCCCAGGCCUGUGCAGUCAAUCGCUGCUGCGAUGGUGGAGUGUGAGCUGUUUGAAGCCAUGAGAGCACAAGGCUGGGUAGAGAUGGAAGGGUGGUCCGGGCAUGGGCCGGUGCGGUGGGGCUGCUGCCUGUCCGACACCCCUGAGCAUGAGCUGGGAUGGGGAGUGAGGAUGGGCGGUGCGGCGGAGGGGGAUACGCACGGCCCGCACCUGGAAGGAUUCCUCAGCUUCAACCUCGGCAGGGGCGGCAAGCUGCAGCCUGGCCUGGUGUAUGUCAUGGAGGGGGAGAAGCGGACUCCGGCGUUGGUCCUGCGGUCGACCUGGUUCAUGUGA